AUGGAUGCAAAUGAGGAGAUGGAGGUAAAAACGAAUGAUUCUUUGGAAGAAGAAGAAAUGGAGACUGAAGAAAAUGGAGGAAAAGCAGAAAAUGAAAUUAUAAAUGAUAAUAAUUUUUCCAUUCAAUCAGUUUCAAACAAGGUUGAGGUUGGCUUUCUUGUCGAAAAUUCUCUUUCAGCAGUCGACACUUUGAUAAUUCAAGUCGAUCCUCCUGUAGGGUUGGGAGAGUUGGGAUACUCUGGAGACGACCAGAAGACGGUUUUGAAGAGAGAGACGAAACCCAAUAUUGUCGUCGACUGUCCUAGAAUCAGGACAAGGAUGUCUAGGGAGGUUCAGGACUAUAUAGUUCUAGUGGAGGACGGUUUUAAUGAGGAGCUGGAGCUGGAGGACGAAGACGGGAUGGAUGAGGAUGAGGAGGACGAGAAGAAAAAGUUUAAAUUAAGAGAUUUGAACGACGUGAAACAGUUUCUCCUCAAGAACUCACAGUUUCUAGUUCAGAGAUUACUACUUUAUAUAAAUAUUUUCGCUAGGUCCAAUAAAUGCCGGUAUGUUGUUGACAAAGAAAUUGAUAAAGAAAACUUUGAUUCCGAGAUUUUCAGAUGUCAGAGUUGUCAGAAGUUAACCAAUCAUCUGCUGCAGAAGUAUAUAAUCAAGGAGAUAGUUAACAAGCACGUUAGAGACGAAAUAAACGAACAUUACAAUUUGCAAGAUGUUGCUUCUUUUCCAGCAGUUGAUAGCCUGGUGAAACUAGAAGAGUACCAGGAAAACCAGAAUCAGCUGCUGCCGCUGGGGUUAGACCUUUCCGAUCACCAAGUCCAAGCAGCUGAUCUGAAAACAGCUGAUCUAAAAACAGCUGAUCUGAAAACAGCUGAUCUUCAAACAGCUGAUCUCCACACAGCUGAUCUCCAAACAACUAAUCUCCAAACAGCUGAUUUGGAAACUAGAAAUCCUCAAACCACAGGAGAGGAAAUCUACCAACUAAUCGAUCAAUCAAUUCCCAGCAAACCCAGAGCUAAAUCCAAGGAACGGAAAGAAAAAGUGGGAAAUACUAGAACCCGCAAAUCUAUUUCAGGACAAACCGUGCAUUUGUGUGAAUUUUGUGAAAAGCAAUUUAAAGUGAAAGGUGCCUUGAAAACUCACAUAAGAAGCAUGCACAGUGAAAUCAAGUCUUUCUUGUGUACAGAAUGUGGCGCGGCUUUUAAAAAUGCAAGUGCGCUCAUUGAUCAUAGAAACAGGGUUCAUCUUCAGCUAAGACCUCAUAUGUGCAGAUUCUGUACUAAACCUUAUUAUUCUAAGAAGGAUAUGAUAGAACACACAAGAACUCAUACAGGAGAGAAACCUUAUCAGUGUACUCAAUGCGGAAAAUGUUUUGGACGAGCAACUCACAUGAAGAGACACAUUGAGAGUGUUCACAAGAACCAAACCAUUUCAGGAUUGAAUUCUGGAAGACUUGAGGGCGAUGAGAUUCUGGUAAGAACAGGUCUGCCGAGUAAAAAAGCUAAAAAAUCCAAGAGUAAACCAGAGAAGGGGAUUUCAAUCUUGCAAGAAGUUCUUAGUUCAGAUAAUCAAAUCCAGGACUGUAAUAUAGACCCUCUGCCGAGUAGCAAUGAUGAAGUUGGAGGUUCAGCACCAAGCAGAGCUAUUUAUGCAAAACAGAGGGUUGAAUAUCUCCAAAGACAUCAGAUAUUGAUCAGCAGGCUGCAGGAUACUAUUUUACCAGAGAAACCUUCCCAUGGGAGUUUGGGUGACUAAGCCUCCGGAGUUGUGGAAAAAUGGAACUCACCAUUUUUUUCCAUUAAGCCAUCAAGCCAAGAUUUUUUUUAAGUGAUCAGCGUUCAUAUUAAUACAAUGAAGACAACUUUUAUUUAGGCUUUGAUUUCUAG